AAACUCCUUUGGGUUCUUCGCUCACAAUGGACGAGUACGAGAUCGAAACAUUUCCAUUGGAGUCUGCCACAACGUCGCAACUACGAAAACUAGGUGAAGCUCUGUGGGGUUGGGAAGUAUGUGUUGAUAGUUCAGGCCAGCGCUCUGAGCUUGAGAUGACAAAAUGUAAAGACUAUUUCCAGUACUACAGAGAGAUCACAGCAUCAUACGUCUCGGAUACUUUCCCGCCGGACGAGGUUCAAGCUUUGCGAUCGCAUGACGAUAUGCAUGACAUUAUCGUGUUGAUCCACUCCAAACCAGACGUUCAGAGAGCCGAAUUGAUGGAAGAGUACUUUUUGAAGAGGCAAAAAGACAGGAGUACCGUACCGGAAGACGAGAAGCAGGCCUUCAAUCUUGCCAUCGAGGCUAUCCUGAUGAUCAGCUGCUCGUGCGAGGGACAGGCUGGUGGCAGCGAGUCUAGUAUCUGGAGGAACGAUCAGUCUGCGCGGGAGCUGGUCUCAACCGUGUUUCCAGUGAGGUACCAUCCUGACCUCAACGAGCCUGACGAUACCCUACCCGAUAUCAAGUCAGCCUUGAAAGCAACAAGGCUCAGGAAAGUCGCUGGGCUGUCAUUCCGAGGCACAGAUAAUCUUCGAAACCACCUUCGGAUGGACCCCAAGACUGGGAUCGUAGAGCUUUAUCACCACACUGCCUUUCUGAAGGAGUGCCUCAAAGCAUCAAAGGAAUCCAUUGCGGAGCCUCUCUUACCGCGACAACUAGCCUGGGAGACUCUAGACUCUCUCCAGAAUAUUCUUUUCCCCCUAGACAAGGAAUCGCGAGCUUUCCUACGAUCUUUGGUAUCGAAAGGCUCCUUCGACCCCGACUGCCUCAGUCUUGGGGACCGGCCAUACCUCCGCGACUCAGAGAAAGAUAUAAAAUACCAUUACUGGGGUUCACGACUGAUGGACCUAUACGACGAACUUGAGAACCCAAGACCUCGCAGACCUAUCUAUAUCUGGUUGGAACGGAGGAGUAAAGCUAGACACGUGAUGCUAGCGACACUUAUUGGAGUGAUCAUUGCAAUUAUUCUCGGAAUACUGGGACUGGUCGUCGGUAUUUUCCAGGCUUGGGUCGCGUAUGAAGCGUGGAAACACCCUGUGCAGACGUAG